AUGGAGAAUCGAAGGAGCACAAGGUCAAAUCAAAGAGGAACUUUGGUAGUCGAUAUGACUUUAUCUCCACCAAAGGGUGUUCGAGUAAGUUAGUACUUGAAAAUUUCGAAAAUAGGUUGAAUUUUUAGAGCAAAAAUAUCAAAACCACUCGCGAAGAAACUGUGACUCCAGUCAAAAAAUUGAAAGUAAGUUUUUUUUGUAUUUUAAUAAUUGUUUAAUUUAGAAAUAUGUUUUUUAGAAAGGAAAAACUAUUGAUGAAGAAGAUGAUGUUGUGAAAAAAUUGACUCCUAAAUUGAGGAAGAUGUCAUGUUCAACGAGUAAAGACAGGUUAUUUAUUUUAUUUCAUAAUUUUCAUAUUUUGAACUAUUCAUUUCAGCGAGACAGAUGAAAUUUCGAGUUCCUGCAGCAAAAAUGGAGCUUUGAAAGGCCGUGAAGAUGAAUUCGAUUCGAUCAAAAAUUGGAUUUUUAGCAGCCAAAAGAAUAAGAAACCCGUUUCAAUCUAUAUCAGUGGUCAACCCGGAACAGGAAAAACUGCAACCACAAAACGAGUUCUCGAAUCAAUGGCCAAACAUGUGCAUAGUUGUAUAGUUAAUUGUGCAUCAGUCAGCACAAAAUCAGCUUUACUUUCAAAUAUUUUCAAAUCACAAGAUUAUGAAGGAAGGGCAACACAAGAGAAUUUGAAUGAAAAUUUGAAAUCGUCCUCGAAAUGUUUGGUUCUAGUUUUAGAUGAAAUUGAUCAUUUGGUAUCUCGAACAAAUUCAACACUUUAUUCUGCUUUUCAAUGGCCAUAUUCAUUAUCUUAUCGAAUUGUUAUUAUUGGAAUUGCAAAUUCGAUUGAUUUAACAGAAAGGCUACUCCCAAAAUUAAUGCUAUCUCAACCACCAGAGCGACUAGUUUUUGAACCAUAUAGCAAAGAUAGUAUCGUCAAAAUUCUCACCGACAAAAUUAAUAAUGAGGAUAAUGAAAUUGACGGAAAAGCUGUCGAAUUAUGUGCAAGAAAAGUGGCUGCAAUGAGUGGAGAUUUGAGAACGGCUCUUCAUAUUUUCAAACAAACCAAGUGAGUUUUUCUUUGAUUCUUAAUUGUUUUAUAAAUUCAUUCCAAAAUCUCCAGACAUCGCAUGAACGAAGAAACUGAAUCUGGAACACCAAAGAAAGAUGGUUGUCGUGAGGUUUUAGGAAUAAUGAAAAAUGUUUAUUCAUCUCCAUUAGCUCGAGCAAAAUUACCGUUGCAACCAAGAAUUUUGUUAGCAGUUUCAUUGGCUUUGUCGAACAGUAAAAAGGUUUGCAUUUUUUAAAUGUUUGAUUGUUUCUGACAUGCAAAAUACAUUUUUAAGGCUAAUUUCAAUCGCGAUUCUUUGAUGAAAGCUUACAUGAAAACUUGCGAAGCAAUUCGUGCUCCUCAAAUGGACGAUGAAGAUAUUUUGGCAGCUUUCCAAACCUUGGAAUCUCAAUCAUUUCUUCGUCAAUUACCAGGUGGUAAAUUGAUUCUUCAAGUUGAUGCAGCAACUGCUCGCUCUGCUAUUUCAGAUAAUUCAAUGCUCGAUCAAAUUUCACUUUUGAAUUUCUAA